UGCCCCGGAUGAUGGAACACCCUGUCGGCGAUGCAUCUGAUCCUUUUCCCCUCCGCCCAUAGACAAAUGAAAUCCCUGAGAUCUAUCAUUGUUUCAGCUUUUCCUGAGAUUUUUUCUUCAAAACCCUAAGCUCUUACCCACCAAAUUCCUGCAAAUUUUCUCCCAGAUUCAAUCCGCCUUUGUCCUUGCCUCACGUUUGGUUGCUGAGAUAAGUGUGAUUUUUGUGGUCUUGUUACCACAAAAGCUACUUCUUGAUUCAGAUAUGGGAACUGAGGAAUUAAUUAAUCCCCCUGCACCCAGUGGUUCCGCUUGUGGAAGUGAGGACAAUGAACUUCAUAAUUCUAAUCCUGAGCCUGGUGAAGCUGAUUCCGGUUCUAGUAAUUCUGAGGUUAAAGAAGACAAACUGAACAUUGAGAGCCUGAUGCAAAACAAGGUCGAUUUUGAAAAGGUGGAUAGCCGACUUACAUCAGGAGCUGUCCUUGACAAAGAUUUGGUUGACAAGCAAUUGACCUCCCAAGGGAGUGUUGAAGUGACUGAAACUAUUGUAGUAACUAAAUUAAUUAAUAGCUCCAGCUCUGGAGUGCCUUCUGAGAAUGGUUGUUUGACUGCUCCAGAUGAAGGUCCCAUUGGCAACCAUAUGAUAGAUGGCACUUCUAUAUCAGGUGUAAAGAGAGCACGACUGACAUUUGAUGAGCAGCAGCCGUCGGUGCAUGUAAUUUAUAGUUCCUUAACGAGAGAUAGUAAACGGAAGCUUGAGGAACUAUUACAACAGUGGUCAGAGUGGCAUGCUAAAUAUGUUUCUUCAUCCCAUGAUCCAAAAGGACAGUUAGAUUCUGGUGAAAAGACAUACUUUCCCGCACUACAUGUUGGUCUGAAUAAAUCUUCUGCAGUGUCUUUUUGGGUAGACGACCAAACAAGGAAACAACAAGACAAGGAGUUUAUUUCAUUGGAUGGUGAUUCAGUUCCCCUUUAUGAUCGUGGAUUUGCAUUGGGUUUGGUUUCAGAGGAUGGUCAGAGUAAACCAGAGGGAGCCUUGGAAAUAAUAGAUGCUUCCCGUUGUUUCAAUUGUGGUUCCUACAAUCAUUCUCUGAAGGAAUGCCCAAAGCCCCGUGACAAUGUUGCUGUUAAUAAUGCUCGCAAACAACAUAAAUCCAGACGUAAUCAGAAUCCUGGAUCUCGUAACCCAACUCGAUAUUAUCAAAAUUCCCCUGGUGGAAGGUAUGAUGGUUUAAGGCCAGGUGCUCUUGGGGUUGAAACACGUGAGCUUUUGGGCCUUGGGGAGCUUGAUCCACCUCCUUGGCUUAACCGAAUGCGAGAAAUGGGUUACCCACCAGGAUAUCUAGAUCCAGAAGAAGAGGACCAACCAUCAGGGAUCACAAUAUAUGCAGAUGAAGAAGCGAAGGACGAGCAGGAGGAUGGAGAAAUUCUUGAAACAGAGUAUCCUGAGCCCCAGAGGAAAAUGAGUGUUGAAUUUCCAGGAAUAAAUGCACCGAUUCCAAAAAAUGCAGAUGAAAGACGUUGGGCAGCUGGGAGCCGACCACACCGCAGAUUGAACCAUUCCUAUGAACCUAGCAGCAGAAGGAAUUCCCAUGAGCAAAGGUGGUCAAGGGAUUACAGAGAUGAUGGGCCUUGUGAUAGUGACAUGGAAAUCAGCCCCCCCAGGUCUAGUUACCCACCAAGGCAUGGUGGCAUUGACUCUAGUUACACUUCCUACAGUACAAGAGGUAACAUUCCGAGACCUAGAAGCCCUAGUUUUGGGAGGUCUCUAUCUGACAGAGUUGGGAGGAGCUCUUUGGUCCAUGAAGAUUCAUUAGGUUAUAAUUCAUAUAGUUCUUUAUCAUAUUCAUCAUCAAGCAGUCGACUCUCACCACAUAAUUAUGGUUCAGCCAGUUACGAAAGUAAUAUUGAUGAUAGGUGGAAUGGUUCAUCAUCUUGGAGUAAUAAAGAUAGGCAUAGACAUGAUGAACAUCGGUAUCAUAGUAGGAGGUGAAUGUAAAAGAAGCUGUGGAUAUACUCUUGGUAAGAUCAGCAAGUAGAGGGUGUUUAUGUACAGAAAUUAGACAUGUACAUUGAUGAGAUUAGAUUGGUUGGUGAAAGAUGUACCCUUUUAGUUCAAUAGUUCCCUGAUUGUUGAACAAGUCUCACCUGUCAUUUGAAUUUGAGGUAGUAACACCUUAAAACAUUUUUCUGGAUAUGUUUUGUAAAACAGAUAUGGUAAAUGUUGGGAUUUCUUCUCUUUUUUCUUUUGUUUUUGUGCUGACUCUGUAAUUGGAAUUCGUUAUAAAUUAUUCUAAGAACUAAGAAAACAAUGAAAAUUGCCUUUGUAUUA